AGUUUGCAAAAAUGAUUAAAAUACUGUUUGUUGCAAGCUUAAUGAUUGUUGCAUAUGCACAAAACUUUGAAUGUCCAACUGAAACCGGAUUAUAUCCCGACGACAUCCAGUGUGAUAAAUACUACGAAUGUAAUGGAGGAAUCGCAAAAGAACAUUUGUGUGCUGAUGGAUUAGUUUUCGAUGUGAAUAUAAAAAGAAUUAGCAAAUGUGAUCAACCUUUCAAUGUUGAUUGUGGUGAUCGUACUGAACUACAACCUCCCAGAGGAACUAAUGAAUAUUGUCCCAGAAAAAAUGGAAUAUUUGCUCAUCCAGACGAAACAAUUUGCGAUAUUUUCUACAGCUGUGUUGAUGGCGAGUAUAUUGAAACUAAAUGUGUUGGCGGAUUGCACUUUGAUGAAUACUCUGGAACUUGUGUAUGGCCAGAAGUAGCAAACCGUGAAAAUUGCCAAGAACACAAGAAGAAAUUAAAGGAUGGAUUUGUUUGUCCCAAAGAUGGUAGAAAAAAUGAUGCAAGUGGUCAAGUCAUUGCUCACCCUCACUACGCUCAUUCAGAAGAUUGCCAAAAGUUUUAUGUCUGUUUGAAUGGCAUUGAACCACGAGAAUUAAGAUGUGAAGAUGGAGAAUCAUUCAAUGAUGAAACAAAGCGAUGCGAUUCUUCUGACAAUGUUCCAGGUUGCGAAGAAGUUUUCCUUGAGAGAAAAUAA